GCCAGCUGGGGGUCCCUGGGUCGCGGCGCCGGGUGCCGAUGGGGGUCCCUGGUAGGCGGCGUGGUGGGCGAUGGCGGCUCAGGGGGAGUACCGGCGCCUGGAGGACUUCGAGGAGGACUCACCCCCCGGCGAGGAGGAGCUGCUGGUGCAUGUCACCGAGGGGCUGCAAGACUCCUGGCACCACAUCAAGAACCUGGAUAAUUUCUUCACCAAGAUCUACCACUUCCACCAGAAGAAUGGCUUCGCCUGCAUGAUGCUCUCCGAUAUCUUUGAGCUGGUGCAGUUCCUGUUCGUUGUCACCUUCACCACCUUCCUGCUGUGCUGCGUGGAGUAUGACGUCCUCUUCGCCAACCGGCCGCUCAACCACAGCCACGCUGGGGGAGCAGCCCCCGACCGCAGCAAGGUGACGCUGCCCGACGCCGUCCUGCCCGCCCCGCAGUGCGCCCAGAGGAUCCGGGCCAGCGGCUGGAUCAUCUUCCUGCUGGUGAUGGCGGCUGUCUUCUGGCUGUACCGGCUGGUGAAGGUGCUCUGCAGCCUGCUGAGCUACUGGGAGAUCCGCACCUUCUACAUCAAAGCCCUCAACAUCCCCUCGGAGGGACUGUGCAACUACAGCUGGCAGGAGGUGCAGGCGCGGCUGAUCUCGCUGCAGCGCCGGCAGCAGAUGUGCGUGCACAAGAAGGAGCUGACGGAGCUCGACAUAUACCACCGCAUCCUGCGCUUCAAGAACUACACGGUGGCCAUGGUCAACAAGUCGCUGCUGCCCGUCCGCUUCCACCUGCCGCUGCUCGGCCCCGUCGUCUUCCUCACCCAGGGCCUCAAGUACAACCUGGAGCUGCUCCUCUUCUGGGGGCCCGGAUCCCUCUUCCAGAACAAGUGGAGCCUGCGGCCGCAGUGCAAACGGGUGGGCGCCCGGCGGGAGCUGGCCCGGCGCCUGGCACGUGCCAUGGUGCUGCUGGGGCUGGCCAACCUGCUGCUCUGCCCCUGCGUGCUGGUCUGGCAGCUCCUCUACGCCUUCUUCAGCUACGCCGAGGUGAUCAAGCGGGAGCCAGGCAGCCUGGGUGCCCGCCGCUGGUCCCUCUACGGCCGCCACUACCUGCGCCACUUCAACGAGCUCAACCACGAGCUGCAGGCACGGCUGAGCCGCGGCUACAAACCGGCCACCAAGUACAUGAACUCCUUCACCAGCCCGCUGCUCACCGUGCUGGCCAAGAACAUCGGCUUCUUCGCCGGCUCCAUCCUGGCUGUGCUCAUCGUCCUGACUGUCUACGACGAGGAUGUGCUGACGGUGCAGCACAUCCUCACCGCUAUCACACUGCUGGGGCUGGUGGUCACUCUGGCCAGGUCCUUCAUCCCCGACGAGCACACGGUGUGGUGCCCAGAGCAGCUGCUGCAGCGCGUCUUGGCCCACGUCCACUACAUGCCCGACCACUGGCAGGGCAACGCCAGCCGCUCGGAGACACGCAGCGAGAUGGCGCAGCUCUUCCAGUACAAGGCGGUCUUCAUCCUGGAGGAGCUGCUGAGCCCCAUCCUCACCCCCCUCAUCCUCAUCUUUGCCCUGCCCGGCCGUGCCCUGGACAUUGUCGACUUCUUCCGCAACUUCACGGUGGAGGUGGUGGGGGUGGGUGACAUCUGCUCCUUCGCCCAGCUCGAUGUCCGCAACCACGGCAAUCCCCAGUGGCUGUCGGCUGGGCAGACGGAGGCCUCCGUGUACCAGCAAGCGGAGAAUGGGAAGACGGAACUGUCGCUGAUGCACUUCGCCAUCACCAACCCACGCUGGCAGCCGCCGCCACCGAGCGAGCUCUUCCUCAGCCAGCUGAAGGAGAAGGUGCAGCAGGAUGCGGCUGCCGCGCCGCCCACCCAGCGCAUCCUGGCCGAGGGGCCGCUGGGCGCUUCCCUCCUCUCCGACGACUCAGCGGUGGCGCCGGAUGGCUUGCUGGCCAGCGUCCUGGCCCGGCCCAUCCUCUCGGCCAGCGGGCUGGUGUCCUGGGACCGGCGCUUCGCCCAGCCCUGCAGCACCGCCAGCGCCGCCGCCAGCGUCCUGGCCUCCCUGGCGUCACCGCUGCCCGGGCGGACACGCGGCACCUCUGCCGAAAGCCCCGGCUGCCACAGCGACCGCCCGCUCACCGAGGAGAGCCUGCUCCUGAGUGAGUCGCGGCUGCGCAGCUUGAGCCGUUCGGCGCUGCUCUCCGAGGUGGCCUCGGCCGAGAUGAGCCUCCACGCCAUCUACCUGCACGAGCUCCACCAGCAGCAGCAGCAGCAGCAGGGCCCUGGGCCCCAGACCGUGUGGGUGGCCGCUGGGGCACCGAAGCCUCCCUCCGUAACUGCAGGCUCGGCUGCCAGGGCCUCGCAGGCUCAGCACCGGGAGAUGCCGCUGGGCGGCUGGGCCGAGGAAGAGGAGGAAGAGGAGGAAGAGGAAGAGCAGACGACGGGCUAGCCGGCCUCGGCUUCGGGUCCUGGGCGUGCCGAAUGCUCCCGGUGCUGCCGG